AUGAAGUCUGUGAUUUUUUUCCUAUUCAUUUUGGAAACUGCAGUUGCAAUCCCGACACAAGCAAGGUUCCUAUCUGAUCAUUCCAACCCAACUGCUGAUUCCUUGAGUUCCUUCCAACAGGCUGAGAUGUUGGUACCAUCUGAGCACACUGCAAUCCCCACUGUAAGGGCUGAAGACGCAGAAAAUGAAACUGAAGUGUCCAUAGAAGACCAUCCCACUCAUAAGCCUGAAAAAUCUUCAGUACUAAAGUCAGAGGAGGAAAACCAUGACCAGUCAGCAGAUCAGGACCAGAGUUACAGCCAACACCUGGGAUUACAGGAUCAAGAGAAAAGUGAAAGUGACUUAAUUGAGAAUUUGGGGUAUACACCAACUGAAGGUACACUGGACCUAAAAGAAGAUAUGAGUGAGCCUCCAAAGGAAAAACUCCCGGAGAGAUUCCCUGGUCAUGAUGUUAGUUCCACUGUAGAUUCUAAUCAACAAGAAAGCAUCACAGAGACAGAGGAAAACCAAGAACAACCUAUUAAUGGCUCACAUCCUCAGCUGAACGGGAGCAGCGAACAUAGCCAAGACCUAAGUGUUCAAGGAAACCAAGAGCAGGGUCCAAAUAUCCCAAAUGGGGAAGAGGAGGAGCCAGGUCAAAUUGGUACCCACAAUGAUAGCCAAGAAAGAGAGAGAGACGCUCCCGAGCAGCAUUCUACCAGCAACCAGGAAGAAGACAGUACACAGUCUGAUGAUAUUUUGGAAGAGUCCUAUCAGCCAACUCAAGUAAGCAAGAUGCAGAAAGAUGAAUUUGAACAGGGUGGCCAAGAACAAGAAGAGGAAAUCUCCAAUGCAGAAAUGGAAGAGGAGACUGCAUCAAAAAUCAGUAAGCCCAAUCAAGAUAAAGAAUGGCAGAGCCAAGAAGGACAGCCUGGCCUUGAAGUUAUCAGCAACCAUGAGGAGAUGGACAAAAAGACUCUUUCUCAGCCUUUGCUGGUGGAGCCUACGGAUGGUGGUAACAUCAUGCCCAGAAAUCAUGGGACUGAUGAUGACGGCGAUGAUGGCCCCAGGCACAGUGCGAGUGAGGAGGACUUCAACCCAAGCGAGGCUUUCCUGGAGAAUGAAAGAGCUCAAUCCAAUUACUAUCACAUUAACUAUGAGGAGCAAAGAGAAAAAGCACGUGAGAAUGAGAAUGUAGAUACCAGCGAACCUGCAGAAAACCGAGGGGCCAAGAAAGCAGAAAGCUCACCGAAUGAAGAUGACAGUUCAACUGAAGGCAACACAAGGGUGCACAGUGUCGGUGAGUACGGGCUAAGCAAGCAGCCUGUGACUAUAUGA